GUGGCCGCUCUGACUCUGGGGUGGCCACUCUCACGCUGGGGUGGCCACUCUCACUCUGGGGUGGCCACUCUCACUCUGGGGUGGCCACUGCCACUCCAGUGUGGCCACUCCGACUCUGGGGUGACCACUCCAACUGCGGCAUGGCCACUCCGUGUGGGCGGCGACUCUGACGAUGACGAAGUGGCCAAAGUCCUUCCUCCGGCGCUACCGCUGACAGAACCUCCCACGAGCCACUCUGUCCCUGUCCCCUUUUAGGGAUGCUCCCCAAAAAACCCUACGACAGCCCCGCCAGCGGCUACGGGCCACCCCCGGUCACUUACGGGCCACCAACGGGCGACUACGGCUACGAUUUCGGACCCCGCUCGCCACCACCGGGCUCCUACUACAUCGAGGACGUCCCUCAGCUUUUCUACAAGUGGUCGUCGCCGCCCGGGCUAGUGAAGGUGCUGGAGGUGGUGGUCAUCGUGCUGUGCAUCGCCAUCUUCGCCUGCGUGGCCUCCACGCUGGCCUGGGAGUACGGCUACGGUUAUGGCUACGGCAGCGGCGUUUUUGGCAACGGCCUGGGCGGGUUUUACGGCUCCGGUUAUUACGGCAGCGGGGUUAAUUAUGGAUAUGGCUACGGUGGCUACUACGGUGGAGUCACCAACCCGCGCACGGCCAAUGGUUUUAUGAUCGCCAUGGCCGUGUUUUGCUUCCUAGCCCAGUUGGGGUUUUUGGUGGCCAGCUUGAGCAAGUCCAGCGGGUCGCGCUCGCGGCGGUUUUACCUGGUGGUGCUGGUGGUCUGCGCCGUGCUGGCCUUGGUGAUGUUGGUGGCUACCAUUGUCUACGUGGUGGGAGUCAACCCGCAGGCGCAGAUGAGCGGUGGUGGCUACUACUACAGCCCGCUGCUAGCCAUGUGCAGCCAGGUGUACGCCGGGGGCACCGUGCUCAACCAGUACCUGUACCACUACUGCACCGUGGACCCCCAGGAGGCCGUCGCCAUCGCCUGCGGGUUCCUGAUCGUGCUCCUGCUCUGCCUCAUCUGUGUCUUCGCCCACAAAACCCGCAGCAAGAUCUGGAAAUAUGGAAAACCCAACAUUUAUUGGGAUAAAAUCCCGGCCGGCCCCGAAGGGCCCGACGUGGAGGAGUGGGUGAAGAACGUGUCAGGUGGGAGCAGCGUUCCGGACGAGGCCGCCACCGUCGCGUACUCGGAGAAGGGAGAGACCCCGGGGCCAGCCCCCCCCUACAGCCCCCCCGCCUACUGCGAGCCCCCCAAAAACAGCUGGAAAAGUGUCCCCAAUGUCCCCAUGUCCCCAAGCCCCUCGGAGGCCCAGGACCGUGACCAGGACCCCCCCAAGCCCCCCGCCCGCCGUGGUCGCCGUGGUCGCCGCCCGCCCGAGCCGGAGGAGUCGCGACAGUCCCAGUGCUCCCAGUGCUCCCAGUACGACACCGAGCCCACCACGGCCCCUGAGUCUGGCGAUGAGCGCGAUGGGGACAGCCAGCAGUGGCACAGGCUGUACCCUCCGCUGAGCUCGCCCUCCGCUCGCCGCCGCUACAAGGAGGAUUUUGGGGCGGGACUGCGGCGCUACAAGGAGCUGUGUGCACAGCUGGACGCGCUGGGGCAGCGGCUGGCACAGCUGGAGCAGCAGCUGGAGCAGCUGCCCGAGGACAGCGCCCAGUACCAGGCCCUGGCUGAGGAGUACAAUCACCUCAAGGACCUGAAGCGGAGCCCAGAGUACCAGGACAAGAAACGGGAAUCCCAAACCCUGCGGAAUAAACUCUUCCACAUCAAGAGGAUGGUGAGCGACUACGACAAACUUCGGGGGUGACCCCAAUGACACCACCCCCCAAAAAAAGAGAAAAAAGAAAAGAAAAAAAAAAAAGAAAAGAAAAAGAAAAGAAAAAGAAAAAAAUAGAAAAAAAAGAAAGAAAAAAAAGGGACUUUUUUUUGGGGGGGGAACACCUCACCCCACCCCCCCCCCACCAAAUUCUUCAUUUUGUGCCUUUUUUUUUUGUCUUAAAAAACCCUGAAAUUCCUCAUUUUGGAAUGCCAAGGGUGGGGGGGGGGGGGGGGGGGGGGGUGUUUGUUGAUGUGAUCCUCCUCCACUCUAAAAUGUCUCCAAAUGUUCCCUAAAUGUCCCCCACACCCUCUGGGACCCCUCCAGUGCCUUCCCCUGGUUGUAAAUAGGGUUUUUUUAUGGGGUUUGCACUCCCCUGGCUGCCUUAAAAGGGGUUUUGGGGGUCCCAAAUUGGGGUUUGGGGGACAAAAAAACCCUUUGUUGGUUUUUUUUGGGACCUAAAUCCCAAAAUAUUUUAUAGGGAACAGUGGGAAUUGUGUAAUAUUUUAAUUGUUGGUGGUUUUUUUUUGUAAUAAAUGAAGUGUAAUUGUUGAUUUUAA